AUGCACUACAAGGCGAAGAAGAAGCUUCACGAGGAAGAGUUUCUACUUAGUGCCUGCUCUUCCCUGCCUCAUCGUUUCGCUCUUGUGGCCGCCUUGAUGCCCAUGGUUGUCCGGUUUGCAUUCGGGCUCGUCGACACAGUGAUGCGUGUUUGA